CCUUGUUGCCGCCCAAUCGCCUGUCCCCACGUGUAAUCCCAUGAUUGGAUAACAUUAGCUAUAUAAGCCCAAGUAUAGGAAGUGCCCGACGCACAACACGGAAGAAGCCGUCGAGGACGGACAUGUAUUGAGGUUGCUGCCCAGUCAAUAAAGGUGCUUGCAGAGGCUGAGUGUUCGUGUGCUCCAUUCCGCGGGACGGAAGCGGCUCCGGACAGCUACGGGGACUCGAAACCAUUCCCGUGCCUUCUGCGACUCCUGUGACUGCGUUGAGAGACGGUACGUACCUGCGGUGUUCCUCUGUUAUGCUGGCCUGUCUUGGAGCCAACUGACUGUGGACCGAAACAGCUACAAACUGUGAAGUAUCAUAAAGCUUUCCUCCUAUAACUUUACUGGUGGGUUGCUUCCUUUGGGUGACAGCCGAAGAACACACACUGAGCAAGGUAUCCAUGGUGCCUGGGCAACCAGAGAUGAUGAGGCGCUCACAUGACUUCUCCUCUCUUCUCAAGGGCUGCAGACAGGUUUGCCUGUCUCUCAAGGACUGUGAAAUUUUAGACACAGACGCAGCAACAUGGCUCCUUACCACAUCCGCACAUUCCAGGAGAAAGACCAAACACCAGUCAUGGACUUGUACAGCAGCUGCUUUGUUGAGCAUGUCCCUGCCGCCAUCCGUCACGCGCUAAUGUUGCCUAGAAACCUACUGCUUGAGGUUGGGGUGGCCCUGUUGGUAUUCCUGGUCUCUGGUUCUUGGCUCUUGGCUGUCAUAUCCAUCCUCAUUCUGCUCCUCUUCUUGUGUUUCCUUGUCAGAUACAUGUGGAAGCAUGCAAUUGUCAUAUGUUUGCGCACUGACAUGGCUGACAUCACCAAGACCUACCUGAGUGCCCACGACUCUUGCUUCUGGGUUGCCGAGUCUGGGGGGCAGGUAGUGGGCAUUGUGAGUGCUCUGCUAGUGGCAAAUCCACCCCUGGGGAAGAAGCAGUUGAAGCUGUUUCACCUAGCAGUAGCCAUGGAGCACCGAGGAGAGGGGAUAGCGAAAGCCCUGGUCAGGACUGUCCUCCAGUUUGCCCGGGACCAGGGCUAUGGUGAAGUUGUGCUUGAUACAACCGCGGUGCAGCACAGUGCCCUGGGUCUCUAUCAGGGCAUGGGCUUCCGGAAGACAGGCCAAUUUUUUGAGAGUAUACUCUGGAAACUAACAGGCAUUUCUUGGAUUCGUUUAAUUUACCACCUCCCAUCCGCUCGGGAUGGGGGCCUGUGAUCUGUUUCCUUUGUAUUAACACAAUUUGAGUGACAGCAUUCCUAUAUCUUGUUCUCUCAAUAACUACUAUGAUGACAAUAAAGCAUAAUGUAUUAAUUGUAA